AUAUGUUAUAUAAAGAAUUUUUUGCCGGGAAUGAUCACACGACGCUCUCUGCACUUUCUCUAAUAUCAUUUUGAGAACCUCUGCUUUGCGCAUGCUGCAUUACUAACAGCUAUUAACCACUGCAAGAGGAAAGGAGAUAUUUAUCAGAUGUAACGUGGGAUUGUGGACGUCGUGAUUGAGCAGCCUUUGACAUGAAAGCCGUAAUACAGCGAGUGUCGAAGGCUUCGGUUUCAGAUGCUGACUAGCAGAUUGUGCUUAAUAAUUUGCAUUUAAUAAUCAACAAUGGCAACUUCUGAAGAGAAAAAGUCCAUUAUGCAAAAUGAGAGUAGCAAAUCGGGAGAAGAAGCUCAAGAUAAGGCUGUAGAGAUUGUAGAAAAAAAUACAGAAGACACAAAUAGAGCUAAGUCAAAAUUAGACGAAUCGUCCACUUCUAAAAAUGAAUUUAUUAAUCAACGACAGACACGUGAAAGUCAGACAGAUCCCGAAGAUACGGAAAGUAUAGAGCAAUUAAAAAAUCAAUUAGGCACAUUAAUGAAUCAAUUAGCCACUCUAUCGGCAGAAAAGUCAAAAAUGGAAGCUAACUUUCAAAUCGAUAAAAAGCAAUUGAGAAGCGAACGUGACGAGUGUGAAAAAGUAAUUAAGGAUCUGAAAGAUAGACUGAAGAAGGCUCAAAGUGUCAAUCAUUCCGAAAUUGAGCAUGUAAAGUGCAAAUUAAUCAUGGAGCGGCACGACAGAGAGAAAGAACGUGCCGACUUCGUCAAAAGAAUAAAGGAACUGCAGAAGUUAGUAUACGAGGAGCAACGCAACAAGGAACAGUUGGAAGGACAAUUGAAAACGCAUCUUGCAAAUAAGACGCAAUGCAAGAUUCUCGAAGCCGAACUAGAGAUUACCAAGACCAAACUCAAACAGGCCGAAGAAGCGGCGAAAGAGACCCCGCCGAUUCUUCUUUCCUUACAAACCGAGAUGGCCGUAAUGAAAAAGCAACACUUGAAUGCGAUUCGUGAGGAACAAAAACGAGCUGCCGCUGCAGAACAACAAGCGAGAGGAUCAGUUAUCAUACACGAAACGAGAGUAGCCGGUUUGGAGGCGCGAUUAGCUGAACUAUCUGAGAUUGUUGGAGGCUAUGAUAGACUGAGGCAACAAGACCAAUUGGCUAUUCAGAAGUUGAAAGACCAGUUGGCUGCUUUGCAGAACACUGAACACAACGAAAUUGUAACGUCGAACAACCACCCGGAGGAAAUUAUUUCCAAGAUAAAAAUUCUGUAUACUCGUUUACUGGAUCUUGACAAUAAAAAGAAGGAUUCGGCCUAUAUAAAAUCGUUAUUAGAUAGUUUGGAUCUGCGGGAUGAACAUCUCGAUUAUAAGGAGAAAUACGAUACGCUUCUACAAGAAUUCGAGGACUACAAGCAUCAGACGAUGCGUAUGUUUAAUAUGUCGUCUAAUGUACUUCGUAGUAACCAACAACAAAGACAUAAUUUGUCUUUGACGCAUGAUAAGGAUCAUGAUAAAACUCAAUUAAACUUGCUUAAAGUCCAUAAUAGUAAUUUAGAAGAAAGAAUACGUACGAUUAACAAUGAAAUGUUAAAUAAAGAGAGAGCUUUGCAGGAGCAAUUGGAGUAUCAACAAAAGUUGUUUCAAGAAGAACGCUCGAAAUUGGAACACACGUUGCAUCAAAAAGAUAACGAAUAUCGUAAUAGAAUAUCCACAUUGGAACAACAGUUAUUGCGACAAAGAGAGAGAUCCAUGGCUCUUGUGGAGGAAAAAGAUAAAGAGAUACUGACCCUAAAGGCAUCAUUUCGCGCAUUCCUACCUAACAAAGAGACUGCUGCUGCAAUGGAAAAUAAGAUGCAUUUGAAAAGAUAUGAGAGUACCAUUGAACCAGUUACCGAUUUAGUAACGGGAUUAUUGACGAACGAUAGUCCUCCGAUAUUGCAUUAUACUCAAGAAUUAGCCAGGAAAGAGGUGCAAGUGUCAUCAUCAAGGAAAAAGAUUCUGGAAUUAGAGGCAGCAUUGAGAGAACAGCAAAGGGAAAUGCUUCAUAUGAAAGAACAGCAACAGGAAGAGAUUAAAAAACUAAAAGUGCAUAUCAUUAGGUUGGAAGCAUGCAAGUCAAGAGAAGGUGCCAAUUUAGAAUAUUUGAAGAACGUAUUUAUAAAUUAUUUAACGACAAAUGAUGCGUCGAGUAAACGGCAUAUGUUAAACGCUAUCUCAACAGUAUUGCGUUUUACCCCUGAUGAGCUAAGUAAAAUUAAACAUUAAGGAUAGAUAUUUUUACUAUAUAUUUCUCAUAUAGAAAAAAAUAAAUAUACACACAAAGGGAUAUAAAUUAUGUCGAUACCCGAAUUAAUUUUCAUCUUGCGCCUUCAAUUCCUCUAUGAGCCGUUUGCGUUCUUCUGCUCUCCUUAGAUUAGUUAAUACAGAACUUUCAAAUUCUGCGUCCGACAGUCUUGGCUGUUGUGUCUAUAACGCGAGAACAUCAUAAGAUUUUAACAGUAAUAAUAACAAUAAAUUUAAAAAAGUCCAUCUUAAUAUAAAUAAUACGUACGAAUAUAUCAGGUGCGGAAGAAAAACUGACAGACGCGCAUGGUGUGCUGUUGAAAUGUGCCAUUGUAGGAAAUGUAGGAUUCCUAAUAUUAAAAUUUGCACUACUUGCA